AUGGGUAGCGGGUUGGAGCCUGCAGUUAGCCAACUAGAUGUCAGUGGAAAUGGGUCCGAGUAUAAUAACCAUGUUAACAGUAGAUUACCUGAUGAUAAUGCUUCUUCUGCCACCAACACCAUUGAUAAUGGGAGUUUGGCUGAUUCUAAUUCAUGUUCAGGUCGCUAUAUUCAUAUGUAUGAUCUUCCUAUUCGAUUCAAUGAUGAUGUUAUUAAGGACUGUAGGUCCCUCAAUGUAUGGUAUGAUAUGUGCCGACCAUUGACAAACAGGGGACUCGGUCCCCAACUGAUCAACUGCAACAAGGUCUUCUCUGAUAAGGGCUGGUAUGAGACAGACCAAUUCAUGUUAGAGAUCAUCUUCCAUGAAAGGAUGAAGCGAUACGAGUGCUUAACAAACGAUUCAUCCUUGGCAUCAGCACACUAUGUGCCCUUCUAUGCAGGUUUUGACGUAAGCCGUUACCUCUGGGGAUUUAACACAUCCAUUCGAGAUGCCACUCCUCUUGCUCUUAUUAAUUGGCUCAGAGAGAGAAGUGAAUGGAAGGUUUUGGGGGGAAGAGACCACUUCCUAGUUGCAGGAAGAACCACAUGGGAAUUCAGGAGGUUGACAGAAGAGGACUCCGACUGGGGCAACAGGCUUAUGGUCUUACCUGAAGGUAAGAACAUGACGAUGUUAGUGAUUGAGUCAAGCCCUUGGCACAGAAAUGAUUUUGCAAUACCAUAUCCCACCUACUUUCAUCCUUCAACAGAUGAUGAGGUCUUCCAGUGGCAGAAUAGGAUAAGGAGAUUGAGAAGGAGAUACUUGUUUUCCUUCGCUGGUGCCCCACGUCCCAAUAUUUCAGGGUCGGUCAGGGGCCAGAUUAUCGAGCAGUGCCAAGCUUCUAACAAGUGUAGGUUGUUAGACUGUUCCACAAAAAGCAAUUGCCAAAAUCCGAGUAACGUGAUGAAGUUGUUUCAAACUUCAGCUUUCUGCUUACAGCCUCCUGGGGACUCGUAUACUCGGAGAUCAGCUUUUGAUUCGAUGUUGGCUGGGUGUAUACCAGUUUUCUUCCAUCCAGGUUCUGCGUACGUGCAGUAUCUGUGGCACCUACCCAAGAAUUACACAAAAUAUUCUGUGUUUAUUUCGGAGGAUGAUGUCAAGGCAGGGAAUGUCAGCAUAGAGGAGAAGCUGCGUAGGAUUCCUAAAGAGGAGGUGAAAGCUAUGAGGGAGCAAGUGAUACAGCUAAUUCCUGGACUGAUAUAUGCAAAUCCAAGUUCCACACUGGAGACUGUCGAAGAUGCUUUCGAUUUAGCAGUUCGAGGAGUGAUUGAUAGGGUUAAUAGAAUCAGGAAGGAGAUUAAAGAUGGGGUGAAUUCUGAUUUGAGUUACGACGAGAUAGACAGUUGGAAGUAUAAUUUGUUUGGGACAGUGGAAAAGCAUGAAUGGGAUUCUUUCUUUUAUAAAUGGAAGUAUACAAAAUCUUAAGUCAAAAAACAGAAAAAUGGAAUAAGAGUUGAAUCAGUUCAAUUGUAAAGCAAAGAUAGAACUAGGUAAAGCACCCAUUACCCAU